AUGCGGGCAGCACAGAAUGGCCACACGAGUAUCGUGGCGUUGCUGUUGGAAAAGGGCGCAUCGGCAAACCAUGCUAACAAGGAUAGCUCUACGGCCCUCAUGUGGGCGGCAAGGAAUGGCCACAUGAGCACAGUGGCAUCACUGUUGGAAAAGGGCGCGUCAGUGGACCAGGUUGACGAGGACGGCUCAACGGCCCUCACGUGGGCAGCAAGGAAUGGCCACACAAGCACAGUGGCAUCGCUGUUGGAAAAGGGUGCAACAGUUGAACUGGCUGACGAAAAUGGCUCAACGGCCCUCAUGCAGGCUGCACAGAAUGGCCACACGAGCACCGUGGCGUUGCUGCUGGAAAAGGGCGCAUCAGUGGACCAGGCUAGCAAGGACAGCUCAACGGUCCUUAUGCGGGCUGCACAGAAUGGCCACACGAGCACCGUGGCGUUACUGUUGAAAAUGGGGACAUCAGUGGACCAGGCUAGCAAGGACGGCACAACGGCCCUCAUGCAGGCUGCACAGGAUGGCCAUGCAAGCACCGUGGCGUUGCUGUUGGAAAAGGGUGCAUUAGUGGACAAGGAUGACGAUAACAGCUCAACGGCCCUCACGUUGGCAGCAAGGAAUGGCCACACGAGCACGGUGGCAUCGCUGUUGGAAAAGGGUGCAACAGUUGACCAAGCUGACCAAUAUGGCUCAACGCCCCUCACUUGGGCAGCAAGGAAUGGCCACACAAGCACUGUGGUUCUGCUGUUGGAAAGGGGUGCAUCGGUAGACCAGGCUGACAUGGCAGGCAAAACGCCUCUCAUGCAAGCUUGCAUGCUGGACAAUGGUAUCAGGGCUGCAGAGAUUGUGAGGAUUCUGCUGCACCAUGGAGCAGAUGUAGAUGGGGCAGACGAGAACGGCCUGACAGCCCUCAUUGGGGCAGCACAGAAGGGCCACACAAGAAUGGUGGCACUGCUGUUACAUGGGGGAGCAUCGGUAGACCAGGCUGACAAGAAUUUGUCAACAGCUCUCAUCUAUGCCGCAAAAGGUGGCCAUGAUGGCACCGCUAUGUCACUUGUUGCUCAUGGAGCAUCAGUGAAUCACUGCAACAAGGACGGCCGCACCCCUCUCUGGUACGCUACAGAAGGUCACAGCGGAGUGGUCAUUGGAUUGUUGAUGGGGAAUGGUGCUCGCAUGGAGAGCCUCACAUACAAUGCUGGAAUUGUGACGUUUCUCCUGAAGCAAAUGAUGGUAGUUAAAAGCAUCAAUGGCGAUGAAGAGUCGAAAAGCAUUUUGCGAAAGGGAGAUCGGUUCGCUCAAAAGCAUGAAAUACCCUUUUGUCUGAAGAAUUUCUACACAGUAGAUGAUGCACGACAGGCAGCCCAAUCAUUCUGUUGGGCACUGCGAGACAGCAAAUGUGUAAGAAGCAGAGGUCUCCAGUCCCAGAUUGAGGCAGUCAUACCAGAAAGCAUCAUCACCAAAGACAGGGAGCAUUUGCGUGACAUGCUCUCCUAUGUUCUGAGAGGCAAGGAAUGGAGUAGUGCAAGCAAGGGGCUACUGCACAAGUGGGAAGAUGCCAGAGAUAAACAUGAGCAAUGGAGCAGGCAGUGGGCAGUUCAAGAGGAAGAUGUUGAGGUUAUGCGCAUGCUAGGAAAAGGUGGCCAGGGUUGUGUGCAUAAAUGCCAGUACAAGGAUAAAGUGGCUGCUGUGAAGAUGCCAGCAUCAUACAAACCGGGCCUACCCAUUGAUGACUUUGCUGUGUUGCUCAAAGAGGCCUAUUGGCAUUCAGAGCUGAAUUCCUUGCACGCACCCCAGCUGUUUGCGAUCACCAAGUCAGGCUGGAUUGUCAUGGAAUUAGCUGACAAGGACUUGCGCACACUGUGCCAGGAGCAAGACAUUGGUUGGGCAAGAAAACUUCUCCUUCAGAAAGGCGCUUUUGCACUGAUGUACUUUCACAGCCACCGAAUUGUUCACAGUGAUGUGAAGACCCACAAUUUCCUGGUUUUUGAAUCUCAUCAAGAUGACUGUGAUGUGAAGCUUGCAGAUUUUGGCCUUGCAACUGAAGAAACCUCCACAAGAUGCCUGACGGUGAGGCUUGGAGGGGGAACAGAUGUGUACUUGGCCCCUGAAGUGUACCACAACGAAGCGCCAACCAUGGCUUCGGAUGUUUAUGCGUUUGGCGUCAUCAUGUAUGAGGUCAUAACAGGCAAGCAACCAUAUUCUGCUGAGGGUCAACCCUUGAAUCCACAAGCCAUCAUGAUGAGGAAAACUCUCGGACAAAUGGAACCUUGCAGCAUUGCCCCUGAGGAUUGUCCAGAGGAGAUGCACAUUCUGAUGAAGAAGUGUUGUCAAGAGGAUCCUGGGGGGAGACCAAGUAUCCAUGAGGUUUAUGCACAACUGUCAGCAAUGCCCAAGUCUUGGGUGCAUACGGGUUCAUCUGUGGAGAAGCUCACUGCAAUUGUUGUGGAGGCGGAGAAAGAAGUUGAGCGUGCUCUGUACAACAAAAAAAUGCUGGUGUUCUUGUAUCAGCAGAUGCAAAAGGUCAAGGAGAUGAAUGACAUCUCUAUCCAGGCAUCAAACGAGAGCAUCCCAGAGGCAUUCGAAUCCUUGAAAGUGAAUUUGCUAUUGGGGACGAAGCUGAUCAAGCAUCACUCGCAAGUGUUUAUUCAGCAUUGCUUUUACCCCAUCAGAGAGGCCAAAUUCCUUAUUGAGAAGAUCUGCACAGACUGUAGAACUGCUAUUCGCAAACUCAGUUGCAGUUCCCGCAAAGAGAUUGUGUGCAAAAUCCCGAAGAGCUGUGUGGAUCAAGAUAAAUCUGCCAUGGGAAACAUUCUGGAGUACAUCUUGGGUGAAUCAGAUGCACAUUUGCAAGAUGCGUGGAAAGAGUGGAAGCAAGUGAAGGACAGAAACGCGGAGCUCCUGCACCAGUUGCAGCCCACUUGCAACGAACAAAUCCCAUUGCAGGAUGAGUAUGUUUUGUGCGAGAAUGAUGAUGUUCAGGUUUAUGAAGCGGAGUGGGAAGGAAGCAAUGUGAUGGUGAAGUUCCAGCAUCCUACUCGUGACAGAGUUGCAUGUUUGGAGAGUUUUGCCGAGGUUUGCUCAUUCCUUGCCCUUCACGCUUGCAAGAAAAGCGCACACAUUGCCAGUGUGGUUGCUUACUCCACAUCAGGCUCAAUAGUUAUGAAAGGGGGAGAGGCAGAUUUGGUCGGGUGGUAUCAGGAGCAGGGCACUGGUUUGUCCUGGAAGUCGAGGAUUUAUGUCAUGUGGCAAGCCUCGGCUGCGUUGGACCGACUGCACAGUGGUCCCACUGCACUCGCCCACUGUAGGUUAGAGACCAAGAGCUUCUUGGUGGAUGAUCUUGGCGAAGAAUUUCCGCUUGUCACACUCUGUUGCUUCAAGCUGGCAAAUUGCGGGCCUGAUGCCCAGAAAAUUGAGGUGCAGCAGCCAAGGAGGUUUGUUUGUUUGUUUGACGCCCCAGAAUUGCAGAGGGGAGGCCUGCGUACUCUCAAGAGCGACGUCUACAGCUUUGGCUUGGUUCUGUGGGAGCUCGCAGUGCAGAUGUCGCCCAGUGAGAUGCGCUGUGGUCACCAGGGUACUGGUGCUAAUAAAUUGCUGAACACGGUCCCCAGUGACUGCCCUACAAAGCUGAAGUCAGUAAUUGAAAGCUGCUUGUCGCCUGCACCUUCGAAGAGGCGAAGCAUGCGCGAAGUGCAUGGUGAAUUGACGGUGCUCAAGGAGGAAUUCAUUGGUCAAUAUUCUUCUGCCGUCUGA